AGAAAAUCUACCAAUGACCAUCCAGAUUUUCUUCUUAGCGGAAAUAAAAUAAAUAAAUGAAUGGGUGGGAAGCAAUAAUUUUGUGCAAUAAUCAUAUUAUUUGGAUUUAGAAUCUAGAUCUAAUUGCUGAAUAGAACUUAGAAAAACAAACAAAGUUUGAGCAAGUGUUCUCCUUGGAAAUUAUAAAUGUCUGAAUUUAGAGGGCGCAGUAGUAGAGGUAGAGGCUCAAGAGGCCGUGGGGGUCCACCAAGAGGUGGCCCUCGAGGUGGUGGCAGAGGAAGCUAUUCUUCUGAACGAGAUGGUGGAAGAGGUGGAUACAGAGGAAGGGGAGAUGGUUUCUCAAGAGGAAGGGGUGGACCAAGACAUUUCAGCAGAGAUGAUGAUUCACCACCUCGUAAAAUUCCAAUGAUGUCACGUGGUUAUGAUUCAGAUAGAGGAAGGGGGCCUCCAAUGGGACGCCGUGACAGAUAUGAAGACAGUUAUGACAGAGGGGCACCUUCAAGGUCUAGAGAUUCCUUUUCUUCUCCUCCUCGUGAUUCCAGCAGAAUACUAGACAGGCUUUCCCCACCCAGAAGCAGUUUAAGAGACAGGGAUUUUAUUACAAGUUCAAGGGGAGAUUACUUACCACCCAGAAGCUACAGUCCCCCUCGAGAUUCAGGUGCUUACAGGGAAUCUUACACGACAAGUCUGAGAGAAGACAGACGGGAUUCCUUCAGUCGUCCUGCUGUCAGAGAUUACUCUGCACCUCGUAUUGAUUAUGCCGGAGAUAGAGGUAGAGAUUUGCGUGAUUCCCCGAGGGAUUUCGGUUCUCCACGAGACUACCCUCCACCAAGAUCAGCUGAUUUCAGAGAGCCUCUUAGCAGAGACUUUCUUCCAAGAGACAGGUUACCUUCCCGAAACUUUGAUACAGAUCGAGAGUUUUCACCAAGGGGUAGGGUUCACUCAGAAGGUCACAGUGGGGGACCAAGUGGUAGGAGAGGUGUCCCAAUUGAUAUUCGAAGUGGUGCUCCUCUAGGUGGCCGAGAACACAGUCAUGGUGGGGACAGGGAAUACAGUUCAAGGAGCUUAUCUUCUAGACUAGAUGACAGAAUGUCAAGCAGAGGACCACCUCGGGAAUACAGAGGUCGAGGUGGGUCAAGAGGUAUGCAUGGAGGCAGAGAUGACAGGGGAGGUCGAGGUGGUCGUGGUGGUUACAUGAAUGAAAAUGCAGAAGUCAGUAAAGAAUCAUUGCCCAGUCAAGUGAGUGACUCUCUCCAGAACACAGAAUCUACAACACAGGAAGAGGAAGAUAAUGUGUUCUUGAUGAUUUGUCACAAGAAAACUACAAUCUUUACUGAUGUUCCUGAAAAUACAUCGAUUGCUGAAGUAAAGCGUAUACUGGAAGGCAUUUUAAAAGUUCCCCCAGAUAAUAUGAUAUUAUUUAACAAAGAUAUUGCGAUGUAUCAUGACAACUACUCUCUUUUAGAUUAUGGUUAUACAGUAGCAGAGGCCAAAGCUCAUAGCCCAGGGAUUAUAGAUUUGGUGUUUACAACUGAGGAAUAAAAUUAUCACAUUAUGGGGCAGAGGGAAAUUUUUUGUUAAGAUUUUACAGGAUUCUUUACUGCGGUAUCAGCUUUUUUGAUAUAUAUUUUUUUUUUUUUUAAUAUGCCUUCUCUUGAAUGUUCUACCUGCUGGUUAUUCAAUACUCUUAUGCAUUCCUCCACCUUAAGCUACUUAUUAUCAAAUAAUUACUCAAUUGUUAUUUGCUUCAUUUUAUAAACAUUGCAAUAUGAGCAAGUUUUUCAUCAUUUUAUGAAAUCCAACUGUUGUUUCUGUAUAUAAAUGUGUAUAUUUAAAAUACUUAAUACCUGGCAGCAUUAAAAGUAUUAUUUUAAAAAUUGUUUACUGUAAAUGUUUUUUAAUAGUUUGUUACACUUUCUUUAGUGUGAUCUAAGUGUUUAGCGGAAUUGAUAUUGUCCAUUCCUCUGUUAUUAUUUUUUAAAUCUUCUAUGCACAUCGCUUGUAUAGAUUUUUGUAAGUGUGAUCAACAUGUUUGAAAAAGCAGUAUUUACACUUUUUAGAACCCUUAGGUGCACAUAUUGAAUUGUUGGCUAUUUUUCUUAUGUUACAUUUCAAAAUGCUCAAGUUUUAAUUUGUAACUUUUUCAUAUUCGGUGCUAUUGAAAUUGUCAUUUUAAGCAUAAUGUGAUACAUGUUUCUGAUUUUACAGUACAGAACCCAUCCAUAAAUAGAAUGUUAUGUAAAUAAUUUUUUUGUAUGUAUUUAUGUAACAAAAUUUCUGAUUUUACAGUACAGAACCCAUCCAUGAAUAGAAUGUUAUGUAUAAAUAAUUUUUUUGUAUAUAUUUAUGUGAUGAACUUUCACAUACCAACAUAAGGUUUAUUUUUAAAUAUUAUAUGCUCAUGGAGAACUUGUUUCAUAUUCAACUUUUUACAAGAUAAAUUUACCAAUAAAUCUAAAAA